GCUCGGCGGCGUUCGGUGCUGAAGUGGGGCGGAUGGCAGAAAAACAGCCGGCGAUGGACCUUUCACCGCAGCAUUCCCGUCUACGAUGUCGCUAAACGAGCAUCGGGACGUCGCGUUUUUCGCACCCGCCACCGCGGGGACACUGACGGCCCGACGCCAAGCGGUGCUGCAUCUUGGACGCUCCCUGUAGACUCCGAUCCACACAUGAGCCUUUCGCCGAGGUCCCAGGCAGCCUAGGAGGUGGACGGCGAGUGAAACGCGAGCGAGGAGGCGAGGAGGCGAGGAGGAGAGGAAGCGGUUCGCACCUCCGGGCCGCUCUCGGGGUCCCGUUUUGUGCCGCUCCAUCAGGGAUGCCCCGGAGUGUGAGUGGAGUGGAGAUGAGAAAAAGGCAGGCGGCGCACAUCGAGGCCCCCCCCCAGGCCCCCGGACAGCCCCGACCCAACACCUGCUGCCUCUGCUGGUGCGGCUGCUGCAAGUGUCUCUGGAGCGAAGACAGGAUAGAGAGGAGUGAACGACAGACCUGCACCAAGAUGGACAGCAUUGAAGCUGCAGAAGAACAACAGCCCGGCCUCGACGAGGUGCUGUCGUGGGCUCGGAGCUUCGAGAUGAUGCUGCGCUCGCUGGAGGGCCGGGAGGUCUUCCAGGAGUUCCUGCGCUCCGAGUACAGCGAGGACAACCUGCUCUUCUGGUUGGCCUGCGAGGAGCUGAAAAAGGAGACGGAUCCCGCGGUGGUGGAGGAGAGGUCUAGGAUCAUAUACGAAGACUACGUGUCCAUAUUGUCACCCAAAGAGGUGAGUCUGGACUCGCGGGUGAGGGAAGGAAUCAACCAGAACCUGGCGGAGCCCAGCAACCUGAUGUACGAGGAGGCCCAGUUCCAGAUCUACACCCUGAUGCACCGCGACUCCUUCCCACGUUUCCUCAACUCCUCCGUUUACAGAGACCUCCUGGCCAACAGGAGGCGCACCUGCCUCGACACCUAGACUCCCCACCCCUAACCACCCCACCCUCAUCGCCAUCGUACGCCAACGGGACGACUACUUAAACUUCAAAAAUACUACUAUGGUGCCAGAAGUCGGGUUUGAAAGAAUCUCUCCCUCUUUUUUCGAUUGAAAAGACUGAAUGACAUCCAAGAUGGCUGGUUGUUUUUUGUUUUGUUUUAUUUAUAUUUUUCAAGCAAAUUGUAUCCACUUCUCUACUGGAGCCAGGUCGGCCUUUGCUGUUUUUUUUUUUUUUGGUUGGUCAAUUCAAGAGCGUUAAUGCUGGCCAGUGAUUGUUUCGCUAGCAAUUUGUGCUGUUUGUUACGGUUGGACAGAGAGAGAGAGAGAGAGAGAGAGAGAGAGAGAGAGAGAGACGGACUGGAAUAUUUAGACCUCAUGCUUUCUUCUCUCAUUUGAAACUAUUCUCUCUCUUACUCACUCUCUCAUAAGUCCCGUCCCGUCUUUAGCGUCAGCGGGGAGUCGAGGGCGUCUUCCCGUCUCAACCAGUACAAGCACCGGCUCUGCAUGCGCCCCCCCCCCCUCUCUCUCUCUCUCUGCCAACAGUAGCUUGAUGAUGUAAGCCGAGGACUGCAACCCCUUUUUUUGGGGGGGGGGGGGAUACGGAGACGUGUGAGGACAAGGGACCCGUCUCUCCGUCUGGAUGUCUACAUUCAGUGAAGGGAAAAGUACACUUGGAAGCGUACGUGCCGUUUUUUGAUGGCACCUCCUCAUCCACCCCUGCCUCGUCCCUCCGUCCGCCUGUAACCCCGCCCACCCGUCCCUCCGUCCAAGCACUUUCCUUCUUUGGGAUUCUUUAACUGGGAGAAGUAAGGGCUAGAAUUGUGGUCGGGCAGCUACAUGUAUUAUUACUACCCAUGAACUUUAGACGAAUCUCUCCUAACCGAGGAAAUCACAAUGCCUUUACGUGGAAGAGGACGCGGCACGAGCGCCCGGCUGGAGGGUUUCUGGAAAGCAACAACCGUUUCGUCCAAUGACCCCCCACCUCCCCGUCUCUGUCCCCAUCCGUCACAAGCACAGGUGCCCAACGUGAGGGGGGGGGGGGGG